AUGGUUGACUCUCAAGGUGAUAGCUGGGGCUCGCGAGAUUCGGGUCCUCUAAUAUCCAAGUGGGAACAGCUAACACUUUCACCUGAUCUCUUACGAUCCUUAAACAAAUUUGGUGUCGGACCCCCGAACAAGAUCCAGCAACGUGCAUUGCCUUUCCUGCUUCGCGGCGCUGAUAUUAUCGCGCAAGCUCCGCCUACCCAAGAACGAAUCGCAGCAUAUGUGAUUCCCGCCAUCCAGAUUGCGAUUAACGGCAUCGCGAAUCAACCGGUCAACCGUGGGCCAAUCGUGAUCAUGAUAUCCACGACAGUCGACCAAGCCACGCAGGCGCAGAGAAUGAUCAGGGACUUAGGUGGACCUAUUGGCGUUAAAUCAGCUUUGGGCGUCGGUACCACAAAUACUGAUCUCACGCAGGAGUUACGACUUCUUCAUCAAAACGUACCCCACAUUAUCUGUGGUACCCCUCAGAAACUCCAUGCUCUUUUCACCUCCUCGGGUGGUCUACCAGGAUCUGAAGUAAGAUUCCUUGUUUUAGAUGAGGUUGACCAACUCAUCGCUCGUAAUUUACACGAGUUCGUGUUCAAUAUCGUCAAACUCCUUCCCUCUCCUCGUUCACGGCCUCUUAGCUCCAGUGCUCCUGGUGGCAACAUAGUCCCUGGAUCCGGUGCAUUUGGAUCCAACUUCGACCCCAGUGCUACACCCUUCCAAAAUAACAACAGUCGAAGGUUUUCCGCUGUUGCUCCAUCACCUGAUCCUAGUGGUCAAAACACGCCACAAUCUGUUGAGCGACAGACAGCGCUCUUUUCCAAUACAGUGCCCCAGGAUGUCUUGAAUCUUGCUACUGCGAUUCAAUUGCGCGAACCAGUUCGCGUGCUUGUACGACGGGAUGGUAAUGUUACUCAGGCCGAAGCGUCCCAAGGGGGAUCCCGCGGUCUUCGCCAGUAUUAUCUAUACUUAGCGUUUACCGCUGGUAGCAGGGCAGAUCCUGCAGCCGCGAACUCUGGUGGUGGUCUUGGUAUAAUUGGGUCAGGAAGAGGAUCUACAAAUGCUGAAAGCGUACAAGCACGAGAAUGGAAAUUAGAUGCACUCGCUGACUUAUUCGAUGACGUAGACGUCCAACAAGCGAUUGUUCACGUGGGUGGAAUGACUGCUCUGGACUCUGUGGUUUACAAACUAGCCAGCCGAGGCUUGGAGGCUGUCCCACUGCAUGGCGACAUGAGCCCUGCAACAAAGCUUGCAGCUCUCAAUAAAUACAGAAUCAAUACAACUGCGAUGAUGCGACAACCAGUGACGAAGGUUUUGGUUGUAUACGAUGUUCAAUUAAAAGAAAUUUCUCAUAUCCCACUUGUUAUCAACUAUGAUUUGCCUAAAGCAGUCGAAGAAUAUGCACAUCGUGUUUCCCCUGCUAUUUCUCCUAACAAUUAUACGCGCGCCGGAGUCGUAAUCAACUUUGUGACUGCAACGGGCGGAGACGUCGAAAUGCUACGAUCCAUAGAGUGUUUCUAUAAAAUCAAAUGCCCUGAAGUCCCUAUGAGUCUACGUGAUCUUAUUUAA